AUGUCUGCUGUCAGCAGUCUGCUGACUGAAGAUCAGUUUCUCUGCUCCAUCUGUCUGAAUGUGUUCACAGAUCCAGUCACCAUACCAUGUGGACACAACUUCUGUAAAGCCUGCAUCACUGAUCACUGGGAUAUUGAUGUCCCGUGUCAGUGUCCUACCUGUAGAAAAGGUUACAACACGAAACCUGAGCUGCAGGUCAAUGAUGUGAUCUCUGAGAUGGCUGCUAAGUUCAGACAGUCAGCUCAACAGAAAGCAAAAGAAGUUCCCCGUGACGUCUACUCUGGAUCCAAAUUGGAAACCUGGAUGUUCUUCCUGGUGUGUCUGAUGUGUGUCUUCAUGGCCUGGAUGGUGUCAGAACAAAAGAAACAUGAUUUUGUUCCUCUGAAAGAAGAAUAUGAAGCAAAGAAACUUGAGCUGUCCAAGACACAGGCUGAAAUUCUGCAGAUGAUCCAGAAGGAGAUCAAACACUCAAUGGAGCUCAGUAAGGAAGACACAAACAGACAAAUCUCAACCGCUGUCAAGGAGUCCUUGAAGGAGGAGUCUUUCGAGAGAAGACAGGCCGAGCACAUCGAGAUGAUCAAAGAGAAGACAAGAAGGACAGAGAAACUAGCUGAAGGCUUCAACAAAGAGCUGAAACAGGAAAUCUGUGAGCUGCAGAAGAGAAACACUGAGGUGGAGCAGCUCUACAAGGCUCAGCAGGAGAAACUCAGGAAACCGAUCAUGAAACUGUUCCCUGAGUCUGAUCUGAAGAGGGUCCAGCAGUAUGAAGUGGAUGUGACUCUUGAUCCUGAUACAGCAUAUCCCUACCUCAUCCUGUCUGAUGAUGGGAAACAAGUACAUGAUAGUGAUGUGACGAAGAAUCUCCCAGACAAUCCAGAGAGAUUUGAUACUGGUGUUGUUGUCUUAGCAAAACAGAGUUUCUCUUCAGGAAGAUUUUAUUUCGAGGUUCAGGUUAAAGAGAAGACUGAGUGGACUUUAGGAGUGGCCAGUGAGUCGGUCAACCGGAAGGGACAAAUCAUACUGAUCCCACAUUAUGGUUACUGGAUGAUAUGGUUGUGGAAUGUCAAUGUCUACAAAGAUCUUGCUGGCCCUCCAUUCCUUCUGUCUCUGAAGUCUUGGCCUCAGAAGGUGGGGGUGUUUGUGGAUUAUGAGGAGGGUCUGGUCUCCUUUUAUGACGUUGAGGCUGAAGCUCUGAUGUACUCGUUUACUGGCUGCUCCUUCACUGAGAAACUCUACCCAUUCUUCAGUCCUAGUCCUAAGUAUGGUGGUAAAAACUCUGACCCUCUGAUCAUCUCUCCUGUCAGUCACUGA